AUGCCGUUACCACUACCCCAGACUGCCAGACCCAAAUUUCGGGUAGCCAUAUGUGGGGGUGGGAUUGGAGGUCUCGCACUUGCCAGCACCCUCGGCCGCUACGAGCAUCCCGACUUUCCGCUCGAGGUGCACCUGUACGAGGCAGCGAAGGUGAUUUCUACUAUCGGUGCUGGGAUCUCCGUCUGGCCGCGCACAUGGAGAGUGCUAGAACUUCUAGGACUGCGUGACCAGGUAGCAGAUGCGUCAGUCGAACCACCGACGGUGGAAGAGAAGAUUGGCUUCGUGUACAGGAAGUCGGAUCGGUUUCAUGAUCCGUUCAUCUUUCACGAAUUAACAGUGCCCAAUGGCUCUACGACAAUGCAUCGGGCGGACAUGGUCGACAUCCUCUGCAGCAACUUUCCACCGUCAUAUUCGAUCCAUACGUCGAAACGGCUCCUUCGGUAUUAUGAGGUGACAGACUUAUGUAGUGGCAGGACGGUGCUGAAGUUGCAUUUUCUCGACGGUUCAACAGCGGAGACGGACCUACUGAUUGGGGCAGAUGGCAUCAAGUCCGCCACACGUACCACGCUUUAUGACCUCGCCCAUACGCGGGACUGUGCUCUUAGAGAAACCAGAAGUGCGUGUUCGCGGUGUUCCGCUGCCACACCAAAAUGGAGCGGGACCCUUGUAUACCGGUGCCUCAUUUCCACUGAGAGACUGAGAGAGAUAAACCCUCAGCACACAGCCACUGGCGUCACGCUUUCGUACUGCGGGAAAGGAAAGCAUAUCAUAACAUAUCCGAUCUCCCAAGGGCGACUUGUGAACGUCGUCGCAUUUUGCACUGUUCCUGGAGCAGAGGGGACAACAUACAAUGAGAAAUGGGUUCAAGCUGUAUCCAAGGAACAAGUUGCUGAGCAAUACGUCGGAUGGGAGCGCGAAGUCCAGGACCUGCUUCAGUGUGUGGAAGCGCCUUCGCAAUGGGCAAUUCAUGUCGUGGACGCUUUGCCCUUCUGCGUUGCGAAUCAGGUGGCGCUCUUAGGAGAUGCAGCGCACGCCAUGUUGACUCACCAAGGCGCCGGCGCCGGCCAAGCCAUCGAGGACGCAUACAUCCUGGGUCGACUUCUCGCGCACCCUCACACAAAUCUGGCGCUGGUGCCCGACGUACUGCGGAUUUAUGAGGGUAUUCGCCUUCCCUUCGGCAGCGGUGUUAUCCGGACAACUCGAAAGACGGGGCUGCUGUACGAAUUCAAUGCACCAGGGUACUACGAUGGAACGGCGCCCCAUGACGAUGGAGAAAGACUGCAGCUGCAGGCCCUUGGUGAAGCCAUCCGCGAGCAAUGGAAGUGGCAGUGGGAAGAACCGUUCGAUCUGCAGUGGGAGCAAGCGGAGGAGGCGUUGGAGCACCUUGUACGAAAGGAAACUAGACAACACUCCCGGGCCCAUCCUAUGCUCUAG